GAAUAAAUAAAAGUGAGGCAGCAAGUAACACUAACAGCAGUGGAAUUCUUAAAGCGCCGUUUCCUGGAGCCACAAAUAUAGGUCAAAAUGGCGAUAGUGGCUCUUCUGCUUCCGCUAGUCACAAUAUGGCGGGAUGUCCAAAACUCGUUGCCAAUUGCAACUUUGAUUGUUUAUCUAUUGGAAAAAAUGGGUGCAUAAUAUGUACAUGCACAAAGGAAGGGUCCUCCAUGACACUGUCAGGGGGCGCUUGGCUAACGUCAAGUGGUACAGGCAGCCAGUCAGGUCAAAGUUCAAAUAUGGGUGGUGUUAAUAAUUCUUUAUCUUUGACAAAUGUCAAUUCGCCAUUUUCAAUUAACACCGGAAGUGCCGGAUCCGGAAGUGGUGGGACGUCUGGUGCAAGCGCCCAGGUAUCACAGAAUAGUAAUGGCUGCCCUGCGUUUCCAAACAACUGCCAUGCAUCAUGUACAUCUUUAGAUACAAAGGGAUGUCCAAUAUGCACAUGCACUAAAAAUUCAACCAGUUCGUCUGCAGGCAAUAAUAACGGUUGUCCCCCAUUUCCGGUGAAUUGUCAGUCUGACUGUGUAUCUCUGAAUAGUUUCGGAUGUCCUCUGUGUUCUUGUACCUCAGGUUCGGGUACGGGGUCAUCAAGUACAUCAAAUAACACAACGUUCCCUGGUACAUCUGGAAAGCAAUCAUCAUCUCAAGCAUCUUCAAACAACAACGGGUGCCCGGCGUUUCCAACAAACUGCAGAACGGACUGUGUUGAACUUACCUCUCUUGGAUGUCCUCUUUGCACUUGCGCAACUUCCGGUUCCGGUACGUCUACCAACGGAAGUUCGUCAUCAUCAACAUCAUCAUCAUCGUCAUCAUCUUCAUCAUCAUCAAUCAGCGGAUAUAACCAAGCCUCCCAGGGGUCAAUGAGUAACAAUAACGGCUGCCCAAAAUUCAUUUCAAGUUGUGCAGCAGCAUGCACGACAACAGACGAUAAAGGAUGUCCAGUUUGCACGUGUUCAGCUACAAAUCAACUACCAUCAACUUCCGGUACUACUUCUUCGUCAUCAGCGUCUGGAGGAAGUCACGUGGAAUGUCCGCCAUUGAUGCCAAACUGUCACAUAGCGUGUUUAACAACAGAUAAUGUAGGAUGCAUUGUAUGUAACGGAGAUUGUAAUGAAAAUUACAAGAGGCAACACAAUGGGACAAGUUUAGUAGCUAGUACGACGAAACCUGUGACUUCAACAUCGAACCCAACUUCCGGUGGACCGAGCGGAAAUGGAGCCGGGGUGAAUUGUGCACCGUUUGACCCAUCAUGCAGCUCUAGUUGUUCCAGUUUUGACUUACACGGGUGCUUAGUCUGCACUUGCACAGUUAACAGCGGCGGUAACUCAGGUACGUCUGGUGGAAAUAUGAACGGUUGUCCGCCCUUUGACACAAAAUGCCCAGGAAGUUGUGCAGCUGUUGACAGAAAUGGUUGUUUGACGUGUACAUGUAACGUAAAUUUAAACAACAGUACAAGCGGAACUGGAAGUUUGAACGGAACAUCCGGCGGAAGCGGAAGUAGCGUGACGAUCACGUGUGCAGCUUUUGAUGCAGCACAUUGCAAUCCAACAUGUAUUGGUCUAGACACAAAUGGUUGUCUUUCCUGUGACUGUCAAGUUGAUGUGACAACGUCGUCACCAGUUCCAUCAACAUCUCAAGGUAAUGUCAUAAUAGAAGGUUCAACUAAUUCCGUAAAUAAUGGCGGAUAUAUGACAACAGUUUCUUCUGGAGUAAACGGGGCUGGUUCUGGAACAGGAACGCAAGGAAAUACCGGAACCGGAAAUACGAACUCGUGUGCAGCAUACGACACUAAUUGCCCACCAGGGUGUACAAAAUUAGACGCACGUGGCUGCCUUUCAUGUUCAUGCUGUAACAUAAAUAUAUACACAGCUCAAAAUAAAACAAAUGGCAUGACUUCCGGUUCUACCGGAAACGGAAAUAAUUGCCCUUGGUUUGACACAAAAUGUUCCGCAGAUUGUACACAUAUAGACGGAAUGGGAUGUUUGACAUGUUAUUGUACAGGAAGUACAUCAGCACCUGGAGUAGGAACCGGAAGUCAUGUUACGAACGGAAAUGCCAAUAAUUGCCCAGCAGUAGAUAUCAUGUCUUGUGAGCCAACUUGCCUCAAGCUUGACGGUCACGGAUGUGUUUUAUGUACAUGUCAAGCAACAACACCUAAAGCAAUAACGUCAUCAUCUAUAACGCCGACAACGACGACAACAACAACAACUCCUAUAUCUACCAUUACAACAACAACUGUGCCCUUGACAACACAAUUCCAGACGACACAGUCAACUGCAGUUCCAACGCAAAGCUGUCCAAAAUUUGAUGAAAGUUGUCUGCAUGACUGCAUAAUUAUUGAUACACGUGGUUGUCUUGGUUGCACGUGCCAGACGUUAACGACUCAACGAACAGAAACAGCAUUUCCGGUGACGUCAAACCCUACGUCACAAGUAACCACGACUUUCCCAGUAACGACAAAACCACCUACGACACAACGCCCUAAAGUCGAUUCCUUUACUACUCAGACUUCACAGAGUACUACUCCAGGGAUGUGCCCUCCGAUACGCUGUGUUUACCCGUGUAACGCUGGAGUUACUCUUGGUGCCGACAACUGUCCGGUUUGCAAGUGUAGAACGGAUGUGACGUCAUCUAGACCAACUGCGUGAUUCCACCCUUACUUUAUU